UGCUGGGGCUGGGCGCCGCUGUUGGUGUCUGUCGCCCCGGGGCGGAGCCGGGCCGGGCCCCAGCUCCCUGACCCGAUUCCCCCGGAGGCCCCGAUGCUGAGCGCCGGGCUGUCAUUGGCUGUAGGCCUGGCCGCUGCUGCCUGGCUGUGCCGCUGGUUGAUGUCGGGGCGGGAGGCUGGGCCCCCGGAGCCUGGGCCCUCGAUGCGGGGCCGCACGGUAAUAGUGACCGGGGCCAACAGCGGCCUAGGCCGGGCCACGGCUGCGGGUCUCGCCCGGCUCCAGGCCCGGGUCAUCAUGGCCUGCCGCGAUGAGAAAGCUGGAGAGCAGGCCGCCCGGGAGAUCCAGGAGGAGAGCGGCGGGGCCGGGGAGCUCGUGGUCCGGCACCUGGACCUGUCCUCACUGCGGUCAGUCAGGAGCUUCUGCCGGAGGGUCAUCCAGGAAGAGCCACGGCUCGAUGUCCUAAUCAAUAAUGCAGGAAUCUUCCAGUGUCCCUACAUGAAAACUGUGGAAGGUUUUGAGAUGCAGUUUGGAGUUAAUCACUUGGGUCACUUCCUCAUGACCAAUCUCCUCCUCGAUCUUCUCAAACGCUCUGCUCCAAGCAGGAUAGUGGUUGUAUCCUCCAAGCUGUACAAGUAUGGCGAAAUCAACUUUGAUGAUCUGAACAGUGAGAAAAACUACAACAAAAGUUUCAGUUAUAGCAGGAGUAAAUUAGCCAAUAUUCUGUUCAUUCACGAGCUAGCCAAGCAACUGGAAGGCACCGGUGUUACUGCUAAUGUUCUGCACCCUGGCAUUGUGCGCACAAACCUGGGAAGGCACAUCAAUAUACCUUUACUUGGACAACCAAUAUUUAAGAUGGUAUCUUGGGCUUUCUUUAAAACACCAGAACAAGGAGCGCAGACCACAAUUUACCUAGCCACUUCUCCGGAAGUUGAAGGGGUAUCCGGAAAAUAUUUUGGAGAUUGCAAACAAGAGGACUUGUUGCCUAAGGCGACAGACGAUGCGGUCGCAAAGAAAUUGUGGGAUGUGAGUGAGAGAAUGGUGGGGCUUAUCUGAUUGCCAAAGUGUUGUAAAUAUUCCUUUGGGAAGCUACCUGAAAUGCAAAACUUAACAGUUUAGAAUAUUACCUACUUGAAUAAAAAGCUGCAGUUUGAAUUAAAAAGAAAUGUUAUAUCAGUGAGCACAACCUGGAUGAGAUUUUUAAAAGAGUUUAAGUUUGUGUUUGCAUAAAAUGAUAAAGUGAUGUGUUGGAACAUGCUGUUUAAUGUGAUUAAUUUUCUCCUUUAGUAUUGCAGUCCCCUAGACUAGUGACAAUUUGCAUGGGCAUUAGUGAGUCCCGUUGUUACUCUUGGGUGAAGGCUAGUCCUAAACCCCAUCCCUGAACUUAAUUCUUUUUAAUGACUUGUGUUACUGUGAAAUGGAAAUGCCUGGCCCUAAUUAAUUAUUAUUUAUUGGAGCUACCUGGCAUGUUUGACCCAUGGAACCUCGUACAGCAGUGUAAGUGAAAGGAAUUGAAUUACUUCAAGUUUUGUCACAGUUGGCAAAUAAAUAUGACCCCUGAAAACUAA